GCCGCCGCUUCGCCGGGCUCUGGCGGCGAGCGGGGGGCCUCGUCCGGCGGACGCUUUUUGGCCUUAACUUUGCCCUCAGGGAGAUGACAGUCUUAAAUCUGUGUAAAAUGAAGUGCUUGAUGUGUGCAGCAUCAGGGCCUCAAUUCCCGGGUUUCAUUUUGUUCAGUAACAAAAUAGGUCAGGAACGCGCGCUCUAACUUUACGUGUUGCAGAAUCCCUCGACCAGAAGAGCCAUGUGUGGUGUUUUAAAUAAAUCUGUGGCAUGUGUUCUCACUCUUCUUGCAAAAUGUCUUUGCUCUAGCCGGGUUACUUUCAUUACCGUAAUGAGCUUUGUGAAACUAGAAUAGAAAUCAUAUGAAUAUUCUUAGGAGUACAGUAGGAAGCACAUAAAAAGAGGUAUGCAGUGGUUUUUAAUGGAAGUGCUUUUGUUUCUUUGUGCUUGAUGGUCUGGGCUCUCGUAUUUGAUUGCAUCCUUUUAGAGUGUUUAAAUGGGACAUGAAAAUAGGUCCAGCUCUUGCUGCAAUACAUAUUGCCACCACUGAAGAAUUAUUACAAAAUAUUUUGUAAAUAAGAGUUUUCAUACAAACAGAGUAGCAGUGCGCAUCAGAAUGGUCGAAAACGUGGAAUUUCACAAUUAAAAUAAAACCCGAUAAAAGUUUGUGCGUGUGUGUCUCAGGAUAACCCUUGUGUUAUAUGGACUAGAAAUACUGUAGGAUUUGUUAUUGGUAUUUGUAGUAUGCAAGUAUACAUAGAAGAAUUACAAGCAGGAGUAGGGAGUAGAGCUUUAAACUGUCUUGAUCGUCAGAUUUGUAAUACUAAAAAUACAGUCCUUCUGCAUUGUUAGCUGCUCCCUGUGUUCUCAGUGGACUAACUAAUUGUGUUUUUAGAGACACUUUCAGGACUAGUUUUAUCAAAAACGAACUGUUGUAAUAGUAUUGAGUAUGUAGUGAAGUCUGAAUUUUGAUUCAGUUGUUUCGAGUAAUCUUAAAUACUGAACUUUUGCAGAAACUUGCUUUAUUGUCUUGUAUGGUUAAUAUUGUGGUUCCUUUCCAGCUGAAUUAAAGCACCAGUUUAAAUUGCUGUAAUGCAGAAUUUGUGCUAAGUGAAAGAAAAAGUUGUGUUCUUUUUGUUUCCCUAAAAAUAUUCUGCAUCAAUUUAGAUGUAAUUGAAUUGUCAUUUACUUAGAGAGAUGGAACUGCAGUAUUUUUAAAGACUAUUAAACAAUGAACUCCUGUAAUUGGUGGGGAAAACGUCUUUUUAUUAGAAUUGAUUUCUGCCCCCCCCCCGCAUGUUAAUUGAGUCUAAAGCUGUUCUUGUACUUGCCUUCUGUUCCUGAAGCAUCGAUCAAUUGAGACAAACCUAUUUCUGCUUGGUUUUCAUACAGGAAUUUUGAUACAAUAUCAUUUUAUUUCUGAGUGGAAUCUAUUAGAUAUAUUGAAAUAUAAUAUAUGAUCAAAAUUCAGAAUCAGUGUUCCCGUUGCAGCAUAGCAGGAGGAAUUCAUUUGGAAUAAAUACAUGGCAAUUUCAUACCAAAACAGUUGACUGUUCUGCACUUUGAUUUUUUUUUUUUUGUGAUUCAGUUCCAAAUGCGUAUAUAAGGUUUUUAAUUAGCAGAUCACAGGCUCCUUAAAAUCUCAUCUCAUCAGUAAUUCCUGAAGAUUUUCUUUGACUAAGUUUCCGCAGAUACAAAAAAGUGACUGGCCAUGAAUAGGAAACAGUGAGGUGGUUUAUCUGUUGUGCUAUCAAAUGCCCAGUGACAGAUAAAAAAAAAAAAAAAUCUGAUAGGCUCAGGAGCUUGAGCUGAUAGUAUAUCGACAGUAACAGAUUUUCAGAUAGGAGGAUGAUUUCCCUUUUAGAAAACAACCAUGUUUUUUCUUUCCUUCCACAGUAUUUGUGUGGCUUGUGGUGACUUGUAAGGAGGAGGGCAGUAUUCUAUGAUAUUCUUCCCCUGCUGUGCCCCCUGCCCCCUUGACAUGUGAGUUAGGGAGCUUGCUGAAAAUUUGAAGUGGUUAUUUGCAGCAGCUUCUUUACUUUUCUGAAAUAAUGGUGCCGCUAUUGAGUUUUCAAACUAUGGGGAAAAGCGAUGAAUUUGUGAUAACUACUGCAGAAUCAUCUGUACGAUGUUGCUGAUUUUAUGAAGUCGUCUAUCAUUUGCUAUAGGAUUUAAAUAACUGUCUUUGGCAAGCAAGAAGCUAGUUUUGUUUCACUUUACCAAUAUGUGCAUUUUGGGUUUUUUAGAGGAGAAGGGGCUAGCUUAUUUAAAUAGAGCUAAGCUUUUAUUUACAGAGAAAGUUUCUUGCUCUUUUUUAGGUCUGUAGAUAACAUUACAUUUUCAUUUAGAAGUUUGCUUCUUAAAUAUGAAAGUUUCCGGUUUUUAUUGUUGUUUUUUCCUGUCACUCUAGUUUCCAAAGUAAUAGAAAAGAGAAAAAAAUGUCUUGGGUCUGCUUGUUUACUGAAAAUCUGAUGGGUGACUGAACUGGCAAGCAGUGGUUUCAUGCCAUCUUGGCCUAGUAAAAGCAUGACUUUUUCCUAUCAGACCUAUCACCUCAAAAUGAUUUGAGGUCUGUCUUAAGGAAGUUCACCACUUCCAAAAUCUUAAAUUUGUGAGGAAGGAAGAAGCUGACGUGACUUCUCCUGGUCAGCAUCCUGAGCGACUUUCAGGGGUGCAUAGAGACUAGCUAAAACACUUAAGCGUGAGUUUGGGAGCAGUUGUUGCCCAGUCAGUAGCACCAAGUUUAAUUUCUUGGAUAUUGCUCCUGACCAGUGGGGUUCUCCCUAGUCUGUUGUGUGUUGAAUGAAGGCUUUCAACAGCAGGACAUGAGAGAACUUACGGAUUUAGUGAUUGUGCAUGAGGAAGGGGUUCUUGCAGACCGCUUCAGAUAGCGUAACUUCUCAUACUACGUGCUUUUCUAAAGCAGACAGAAAACUAAUUACUGGGUAUAGAACACAGCUCUUACCCACUGAACUUUAAAGGAGUCGGAGUUCAGGAUGGGGUGUGUGUAUAACGGCAAGUGUCUUUUAUCCUCUUUAGUAAACUUCUCAAGACUGGCUCAUUAAAUAAAUAACAAUUUAAUGAAAUGUGGAGGUUACCUGAAGUCAGUUUGUGAACUAGUUCUUUUUAAGAGUUAUACAGCAAUUAGAAAGUUGCCUUACUGUAGUCAUAUAAUUAUACCCUAAUUGGAUUCCUCUGGGUAUAAUUACAUGCCUUGAAUAUGUGCGCACAUUUUUAUUUCCUAAGAAAUAUGCCAAAGUUGACCCAGCUUCUUUCUCACGUUAACAUUUGCUUGUGUGAUGUGCUACCCCUAACAGUGGAUUGUACGAGGUAGUCGAUAAAAGGCUUCUAGUAAUACCUACAGAAGUAAAAGAAGGCCAGCAUCUAAGAUGAAGGACUAAACACCACACCCACACCAUCAAGCUUGUUGCAGCUGUCUCUUUGAUCGUAGCAAAUGCCCUAACCAGUCUGAGUGGAUUAGUAGAGCCAAAAUCUUAAUGUGAUUGCAGCUCUUAAUUUUAGAUUGAUGUGUGAAGAAAGGGGAGGUCACUUGAAUGAUGAGAGGAGAAUCUUAACCCUUUUAAAAAGGUGUUGGGGCAAAUGGGUAGGCAUGUUAAUGUUGCAUUUUUUUCCUUAGGAACUCCUUCCAAAAAUAGCGACACUGAAUGCUACGUGGAAGUGAGCUAUAUAAAAAUAUUUUGAGUAAUGUAUCUCUCACUGAAGUCAUCUGAAAAAUUUUCGUCUGCUGCUAUCGGUGAUAAAUGUUCAAUCAUUUCAUGAACUAAUAUAGCAUGAAAUACUAUCAUCCUAAAUGCUUCAUGUUCUCCAAGACAGUUAUCGCUCCUUGACUUUGCUCUGCUCUGUACGUAAGUCUGGACUGUGCACUGUGUUUGUGGUAAAAUGGUGCAAGUUGAGCAAAUUGAAGACUUAAUGUAUGACAUUUCCAGGUCUGCUUCAAAGUAUUUGUAUAUAUAACAUAUUUUGUAGCAAUUGGAAUUUGUAGUUCAAAUUCCCUAAGAAUCAUCUUGAAAGCUACAGCUCAGAAAAGAGGAAAAUACAGACUUAUCAGUCUUUUUACAGAGGAUUCCUGAAUGUUUUCUGUAACUAAGAGUGGCUUUUUAGGACUUUCCGCUUAGAGUGUGAGAACGCAGCACUGAAAUCUCAGUGGUUCCCCCUCUUCUCCCUGAGUUUACAGAUUGCUACUUCUCCCCUGUAGAGUCAGCAAUUGCCUAAAUAACUCUUACUAGAUUCCAGAGAUUAUUUUGUAUUUUUGAAAUGAAUUAGCUCUGAUUCUGGUUGGUAAGUGACAUACUGCAAAAUGUACUGUGACUGACAUUAACUGGUAGUCUGAAGAGGAGUGUAUAUUACCACAGAGGAGGCUGAAUUGCAUCUUUGCCCUCUUUUUCAGAGGUCCCCCCCCCGUUACAGACAAGAUAAAAAGCUAAAUUGGAAUGAUGUGAUAUGAAUAUUUUUAUAUACCAGUCCAGGAAGCUAUGGUGACUUGCUAAACUCUCUGAAUUUAAGAAGUCAUUUAGCAGAGGUUAAACUAGCAUAAACAUAACAUGCUCCUAACUUGUUUCUCCUUUGUUUAUAUAGUUAUUUUAUGAAAAUGAGGCAUUAACUUACUAUAACUAAUUGCCUUUUAUAAUACUUUAGAAAAGGAUAAUCAGCUUAGGUCAGAUAUCAAAAUAAUGGGCAUCAAAAUGAGGGCCAGAGUUGGUCAUUGCUAAAAAUAAAGUCUGAUGGUAAUGUUUUUAUACAUUGAAAAUAGCCUGCAUCAGGUAGAUGAAAUGAUAUUAAUUUUUCUUCUGUUACAGGAACGUGGUAUUGUGUUUUGCUCACUCAUACCUCUGUUCAACAUUGUUGUAAUAGUGAUAUUAUUUGCUUUCCAUCAGUUUGCAGGGAAGCUGAAACACUGUAGUGUUCCUUUGAGCAGGACAAAUAAGGAAUGAGCCAGCUGUGGGAAACAGGACCUGCCAUCCUAGCUGGAUACAUCUGAAGAGAGGACACUAGUCUUGUGGCAUGCAUCAGUAGAAAUUUUUCAGAAAAAGAUGGCUGGCUGUGGUGAAAUAGAUCAUUCAAUCAACAUGCUUCCCACAAACAGGAAGACAAAUGAGUCAUGUGCUAACGCAACACCUUCCCUGACAGUCCCUGAAUGUGCUAUCUGUCUGCAAACAUGUGUCCAUCCAGUAAGUCUGCCUUGUAAACACGUUUUCUGCUAUCUGUGUGUGAAGGGAGCUUCCUGGCUUGGGAAACGAUGUGCGCUCUGCCGGCAGGAGAUCCCAGAGGAUUUUCUUGACAAGCCAACCUUGCUUUCACCGGAAGAACUCAAAGCAGCAAGCAGAGGCAAUGGAGAAUAUGCUUGGUACUAUGAAGGUAGAAAUGGUUGGUGGCAGUAUGAUGAACGUACCAGCAGAGAGCUGGAAGAUGCCUUUUCCAAAGGUAAAAAGAGCACGGAAAUGCUAAUCGCUGGGUUUUUGUAUGUAGCAGAUCUUGAAAAUAUGGUUCAGUAUAGGAGAAAUGAGCAUGGACGCCGCAGGAAAAUAAAACGGGAUAUAAUAGAUAUACCAAAGAAGGGAGUAGCUGGGCUUAGGUUGGACUGUGACGCUAACACUGUCAACCUAGCAAGAGAGAGCUCUGCUGAUGGUGCAGACAGUACACCGCCUCCUGGGGCUGCAGCUGGACAGCCUCUAGUAUCCAUUUCUGCUAGGCCCCUGCUGUCACUAGAUGGUCAGCUGAUGAGUCCUUCAACGCCAUCACCUGAUGCAAGCACUUCUCUAGAGAACUCUUUUGCCCAGUUACAUAUAAAUGGAGACAGUAUGGCUGAAAGGAGUCAUAGGGGAGAAGGAGAGGAAGACCAUGAAUCAUCAUCUUCUGGUAGGGUGCCAGCCCCUGACACCUCUGUUGAGGAAACCGAAUCGGAUGCUAGCAGUGACAGCGAGGAUGUGUCUGCUCACCUUCAGCAACGCCCAUCCUCUGCCCAGCAGAGACACUUGAAUGCGAACGCAACCCAGUCAGGAGCAGAUAGACCAGUGGCAGGGGGAGGGGGGGUAAACACAAGUGUAAGAUCUAGAAGGCCAGAUGGACAGUGCACAGUAACUGAAGUUUAAAUCUAGAGCCAUAUGAUUAAAAACUCAGUCUUGUAUCUGUAAAUUUUCUGUCCACACUGGCAUUGCACUCAAAGCUAGCAGUGUGUUUGGUGAGAGGGUGGGGUGAAGGGGAGAAACAGAUUUGGCCUGUUUAACUUAAGUCUCUUUAACCUGUCUCAGCUGGGAAGACUCUUAACUGUAAGAAACUGGGUUAAUGGUUCGAAAGCUGCUUAGCAAUACCCAGUUUUCUUGAAAAUGUCUUGUGUUUAUUUUGUAGAAUUUUCCCCUUGGAGAUACUCGAUCCCUUUUUGGCCAAUGUAUAUCUACUGUACAACUUGAAUUGUCUUCAUUAUCUGACUGUUGCAUUAAGUGUCUUACUACUUUCUGCAUGGAUUGAUGUAUGAAAAGAACACUAAAGGAAUGUGGGAGCGGACAAGAUGUUGGGUGUGAGCAGGAUGCUUAAUUUAAUGUGAGAAAAAUAGAUGUGAGUUUGGAGUUAAAUGUGUUUCUACUAGACAAAGAGCAAUCAUUUACCUUCUUUCAAUGGAAAUGUAAAAAUGCUGUUAACUUUUGUUGUAAGUUCUUACCUAUACGCUCUUCAUGGCAUUUUCAUUGGCUUUUGUCAUUAGUCCUUGUAGCUUUGUUUCUGAGGUCUUUCUCGAUCUGUCUUGUUUUUGUUACGGAAUUUAUAAUUUAAUAAAACUACAUUUUAUCAGUAACAAUCUUGA